GUACACACACUGUGGCUCACUUGACAACUCUGAUAGCAAAGCGAGAGGAGCGUGUGUGAGAGAGCUCCACCACAAGAAUAUAUUAGGACUAACAAUAUACUAUAACUGACUUUAAAAAGACUCAAAAUGUUCAAGAAUACCUUCCAGAGCGGAUUCUUAUCAAUAUUGUACAGUAUUGGAAGCAAACCUCUACAAAUUUGGGACAAAAAGGUGCGAAAUGGUCACAUCAAACGAAUCACAGAUAAUGACAUCCAGUCACUAGUGUUAGAAAUUGUAGGAACAAAUGUUAGCACAACAUAUAUCACAUGCCCAGCGGAUCCAAAGAAAACACUUGGAAUCAAGCUUCCCUUCCUAGUUAUGAUCAUCAAAAAUUUAAAGAAAUAUUUCACAUUUGAAGUUCAGGUUUUAGAUGACAAAAAUGUGAGGCGGAGAUUUAGGGCUAGCAAUUACCAGAGCACAACUAGAGUAAAACCCUUCAUUUGCACGAUGCCAAUGAGGCUGGACGACGGCUGGAAUCAGAUCCAGUUCAACCUCUCAGAUUUCACAAGGCGUGCUUAUGGUACUAACUACAUUGAGACACUCCGAGUUCAGAUUCACGCAAACUGCAGGAUCCGUAGGGUAUACUUCUCAGACAGACUUUACUCAGAAGACGAGCUACCUGCAGAGUUCAAGCUUUACUUACCAGUGCAGAAGAAAUAAGAUGAUUCCAUCGUGCUAAAAGACUUUAUACAUUCAAUCUAGCCAAAUGUUAAAAUUAUUCAGCGUCAUUAUGGAGACAAGGAGAACUUGUCAUAUUCUCAUUUUUUUCAACUUUCAAUUCACAUAUUCAGGACUUGUUGCCCACCUUAAUAAUUUGGAUUGUUGAAACAGUUACAUUGAAAAAAUUUGGAGAUUCAUAGCAACUUGGAGACUAUAAUCAAAGCAAACGUGAGCUGCAAGAUCUCAAGGCAUGCCUUUUUUAUAUUAAGAAAAAUAUGUUCUGGAUUAGUUAGUUGACUGGCUGAAAGAAGAAAAAUUGCAAUGUGACAUCUUCCAACUCAUGACAAAGCUAGACAGUAGACAUUAUUUAUGUAGAUUCUUAGUCGAUGCCAAUGUGAUGACUUGCAGGGAAGCCUCCACUAUGUUCCAUUAUUAAAUGAUGCCACAGGAAUUUGACAGCAUAGCAAUUUAAAGCUUAAAUGACAUUUUUAUUAUAUACCUAAGUUUUUUGAGGUAUGCUGCCAAGUUCCGAGUUUAUCUAGGGGGUAUGUUGCAAUAUGUUUCAACUUGUCUCUUAUUAUUUUGACUUUUUGGAUGUUGUAUUGUGGCAACAUCAAUGCGUUUGUACAGUUUCACUCACAAAAAAUGUAAUAUUAUCAUUUAUUUCGUACAACUGUAUAUAAUAAUAGUAAAUAAACCCUUUUUAUGCCAACAGUA